CAGCUGAUCCGGGAGGGGAGUCUCCCGUCUCUCAUUCACUCUUUCUCACUUCCCAAGUGGAUUAAAAACUCUCGCCGGUGAGUUUCUGGGUCAGGAAGCGGUUUUAGUCCAAGGGCUGGUCGGCUGGAAGAUGGGUUGAUUUCCUUAUAUAUUUUUAAAACAAACCAACAAACACCAAUCCCCCGCUACAAACUGGAUCUCGCUGCAACUUCCCUACUACAACUCCUUGACUCUCCGGUGGGAGGAUGGCUACCAAUUUCAAUGACAUCGUGAAGCAGGGGUAUGUAAAGAUUAGGAGCAGACGCUUAGGUAUUUAUCAGCGAUGUUGGCUGGUUUUCAAGAAAGCAUCAAGCAAAGGGCCAAAAAGGAUAGAGAAAUUUUCAGAUGAGCGUGCUGCUUACUUCCGAUGUUAUCACAAGGUUACAGAACUUAAUCAUGUGAAGAAUAUAUCUCGGUUGCCAAAAAGCACGAGGAAGCAUGCUGUAGGGAUAUAUUUUAAUGACGACACAUCCAGAACAUUUGCGUGCGAAUCAGAGCUGGAAGCAGAUGAAUGGUGCAAGGUCUUGCAGAUGGAGUGUCUGGGGACUCAGAUGAAUGAUAUUAGCCUUGGAGAACCUGACCUUUUAGCUUCCGGAGUAGAGAGAGAACAAAGUGAGAGAUUCAAUGUGUAUUUGAUGCCAUCCCCUAAUUUAGAUGUGCAUGGGGAAUGUACCUUGCAGAUAACAUUUGAGAAUAUCUGUCUUUGGGACAUCCAGAAUCCCAGAGUAAAGCUCGUCUCUUGGCCUUUAAGUGCCCUCCGGCGAUACGGACGGGACUCGACUUGGUUUACCUUUGAAGCUGGAAGGAUGUGUGACACAGGGGAAGGACUAUUCAUCUUCCAGACGAGAGACGGGGAGGCGAUCUAUCAGAAGGUUCACUCUGCAGCUCUGACCAUAGCAGAACAACACGACCGCUUAUUGCAGAGUGUGAAGAACUCAGUGCUACAGAUGAAAAUGAGCGAGCGGGCUGUCUCCCUCGGCACCAUGGUCCCCUUGCCACGCAGUGCUUACUGGCAGCACAUCACACGACAACACAGCACUGGGCAGCUCUUUGGCCUUCAAGAUAGUCCACUGAAGAUUCAUCGAACAGAAACUUUCCCCACCUACCGAUCAGAGCAUUGAUAAAAGAUAAGCAAGGACUUUAAAACACUAUGUCUUGGGACGCACUGGUCCAGCAAAGAGGUUAUCGUUGAUACUGGAUAAAAGUCAUGAAGCGGCCAUGAGAAACAAAGACUGGAUUAUGACUGCAAUAUUAUAUUUUUAAUCUUCAGCCAGAUGAUAAAUGGCCUGCAGAUAAUUUUUGGAAAAGUACUAUAUUUCAUAGUUACAUCCAGAACAAAGAAGCACUCCCUUAAUGUGUGAAAUAUUUUUGAGCAUAAUUGAUAUCUGUUGAUGAUUUGUCUUAUGCUAUCAGUUGUUUGGAAAUUCACUUCAUCCAUUUUGACAGUAUGUUGGGAUAAUGUAGUUUACAGUCUCUGUAUAUUUUCUUUUGAGCUCUGUGUCCUAAUUUGUCACUGAGCAUAGCACUUUUCAGAAUGGUGACCAGUUUCCCCUG